AUGUGGGUGAAGAUUGCAGAUCAAGGAGGCUUCCUAACCGCUUUGUGCGCGUAUGCUCCUCAAAUUGGGUGUGUGGAAUCAGAGAAAGAUAUAUUCUUCGAUUCAUUGGAAAAAGAGAUACAAGGAAUACGACAGGAAGAAAAGCUAAUUAUUGGGGCGGACUUCAAUGCCCACAUAGGAAAAGAUCGUCUCGAAAGUGGAAAGCAUUUUAGUCACAUUGACUAUCUGCUUAUACGGCGAAAGGAUUUACGGAGGAUCAAAGAUUGCAAAGUAAUACCGGGAGAAGAAAUCGCCAGGCAACAUCGUCCACUUGUCAUGGAUCUUGAAAGAAAAGGGUUUUCAGAAAGAAGAAAGGUUUAUGAACCUCGAAUUAAGUAUGAUGAAAUGCUAAAGGACAUGCCGACGAACAAUAAAUACCAUCAGAAAGCCUCCACACUCUUGGGUUCCAGGAAGUUAGAAAAUAACGUAGACGACGAUUGGGAGACGCUAACUGAAGACAUAAAGGAAACGGCGAUUCAGAUUCUAGGACAGACCAAAGGUGGCAAAGCUUUGAAUAGGGAACUAUGGUAG